AUGGCUGACCUCAGUCUUGCAGAUGCAUUAACAGAGCCACCUCCAGAAAUUGAGGAAGAGAUAAAACGGGACUUUAUUGCCACGCUGGAGGCAGAAGCCUUUGAUGAUGUCGUGGGAGAAACUGUUGGAAAAACAGACUAUAUUCCUCUCCUGGAUGUUGAUGAGAAAACCGGGAAUUUGGAGUCAAAGAAGAAACCAUGCUCAGAUACUAGCCAGGUUGAAGGAACUCCAUCCAAACCAACAGGUCUAGCCAAUGGUGAUCACGGAAUAGAAGGGAAUGAUACUACGGGUUCUCCAACUCCAUUCCUUGAAGAGAAAAUGGCCUACCAGGGAUAUCAGAACAUCCAGAGCUGGCCAGAAAACACAAACUUUUGCUUUGAACCACAACAAUUGGUGAAUCCUACCCAAACUGAUCCCUUUAAGAUGCACCAUGAUGAUGGCCUGGAGGAUUUUCUCUUUCUCCCCAGUGGAACAACCAGUGCUUCAGCAUUUACAGAACAAAAUGAUCCCCUGCAAGACAGUUAUGGUCUAUUUCCCUGUGACACAUUCGCUCCUGAAAGUGUUGGACCUCAGGGGUGGCCUGUGGAAGCCCCAAACUCUCCACACUCGGAAUCCUUCAUUUCCCCAGAGGCUGUGACCCAACCUCUGCAGCCCACAGCAGUUCCCGUAGAGCCGGCCGAAGAGGUAGAAGUGACAUCAGCAGGAGAGAGGGCAUCAGCAGAAGCAUUGGAAAUCAGGAUGGGACUGAAGGCUGCUGACAUGGCACCAUCUAGAGAAACAGAGAUGUCUCCAGCCAAGGACAUGGCACAGGCCACAGAAACAGAGGUGGCAUUUGCUAAAGACACGGAACCAUCUACCAAGUCAGAUGUGACACUGGCUAAGGACAUGGAAUCACCUAUCGGAUCAGAUAUGGCCCUAGUCAAGGACAUGGUACUACACAGAGAAACAGAAGAAGCCCCGGUUAAGGAUGCUGUAUUGUCCCCAGAAACCAGUGUAUCUUUAGCCAAGGACAUGGUACUGCCCACAGAAACAGAGGUAGCCCCAGCCACGGAUGUAUUACCAUUCAAAGAAACAGAGAGGGCCCCACCUAUAAAAAUGGAUGUGUCCCCAGAUGAGGGCAUGGUACCACCCACAGACAGAGAGAUGGCCCCAGCCAAGGGUGUGGUAUCACUCUCAGAAAUAGAAGUGGCACUGGCUAAGGAUGUUCUGUCAUCCACAGAAAUAUUCCCAGCCAAGGAGGUGGCCUUGUCCCCAGAGACAGAGGUGGCCCUGACUGGGGACAUGGCGCUGCCUCUGGAAACCAAGGUGAUCUCGACCGAGGAUGUGGCACUGCCCCCAGAAACCGAGGUGGCCCCAGUCAAGGAUAUGGCUCCACAUCCAGUUACAGAGAAGGCUCUAGUGAAGGACAUGGCUCCAUCCCCAGAACCAGAGAUGGCCCUGGGCAAGGAUGUGGCUCCAUCCCCAGAACCAGAGAUGGCCCUGGGCAAGGAUGUGGCUCCAUCCCCAGAACCAGAGUUGGCCCUGGGCAAGGACAUGGUUUCACCUCCAAAAACAGAGAUGGCCCUGGGUGAGAAUGUGGCUGUGCCCCCAGAAACAGAAGUGACCCUGAUCAAGGAUGUGCCUCAGCCUCCAGAAACAGAGUUAACCCUGGCUAAGGGUGUGGCUCCGCUCCCUGGGACAGAGGUGACUCUGGCCAACAGCGUGAGUCCAGCCAAGGAUGUUGCAGCACUCUCAGAAACAGAGGUGGCACCAGUCCCAGUGAAGGACAUGGACAUUGCGCGGUCACAGGGAGAAAUAAGUGAGGAGUCCCAGUUAAAAUCUCUCAAGGAUGAGGGGCAGUCAGCUGCAUCUACUUUCGUCAUUUCUCCAGAUCCAGCCACAGCCGUGGGCCAAAAGUCCAACCUGCCGACAGAGGAGGAUUCUGUGUUAGAGAAACAAGAGCAAAAGAAACCAUUCAGUAGUCAACCUUCCGACCUUCCUUCGGAGACCUCAGGAAUAAGUAAGCCAGAAGAAGGACGGCCUGCUGGGAGUGUGACCGGAAAUGACAUCACCGCCCCUCCAAACAAGGAGCUCCCACCCAGCCCAGAGAAGAAAACAAAGCCUUUGGCCACCACUCAGCCUGCAAAGACUUCAACAUCGAAAGCCAAAACUCAGCCCACUCCUCUCCCUAAGCAGCCGGCUCCCGCCACCUUUGGUGGGGCGAAUAAAAAACCCAUGAGCCUCGCUGCAGGCUUAGUGCCAGCUGCCCCACCCAAACGCCCUGCCACCGCCACUGCCAGGCCAUCCACCUUACCUUCAAAAGACUCAAAACCCAAGCCUGUUGCAGAGGCAAAGAUUCUGGAGAAGCGGGCCUCACCAUCCAAGCCAGUCUCCGCUCCAGCCCCCCGGCCUGGCUCCAAGAGCUCCCAGACUGUUCCAAAAGCCCCGGCCGCUGCCAGUCCUGCCUCAGCUGGGCCAGGCAGUCGGAGCCCCCCCACGCCUGUGCCCAAGAGGCCCACCGCCAUUAGGACUGAGGGGAAACCUGCGGACAUGAAGAAGACAGCUACAAAGUCUGCACCAGCUGACUUGAGUCGCUCCAAGAGCACAUCCACCAGCUCCAUGAAGAAAAGCACCACUGUCCCUGGGGCCACCCCCGUGGCAGGGGUGGCUCCCAGCCGAGCCAAGCCCACACCCACCCCUCCCCGGCCCUCUGGGACCCCUUCCUCAGACAAGAAGCCCGCCUCAGCCAAGCCCAGCUCCUCUGCCCCGAGGCUGAGCCGCCUGUCCACCAACGCUUCUGCCCCUGAUCUGAAGAAUGUCCGCUCCAAGGUUGGCUCCACGGAAAACAUCAAGCAUCAGCCCGGAGGAGGGCGGGCCAAAGUAGAGAAAAAAACAGAGGCACCUGCUCCGGCUCGAAAGCCUGAACCUAACGCAGUCACUAAAACAGCCGGUCCCAUUGCGAGUGCGCAGAAACCACCUGCUGGGAAAGUCCAGAUAGUCUCCAAAAAAGUGAGCUACAGCCAUAUUCAGUCCAAGUGUGGUUCCAAGGACAAUAUUAAGCAUGUCCCUGGAGGUGGUAAUGUUCAGAUUCAGAAUAAGAAGGUGGACAUCUCUAAGGUCUCCUCCAAGUGUGGGUCCAAGGCCAACAUCAAGCACAAACCUGGUGGAGGAGAUGUCAAGAUUGAAAGUCAGAAGCUGAACUUCAAGGAGAAGGCCCAGGCGAAGGUGGGAUCCCUCGACAAUGUGGGCCACUUGCCUGCAGGAGGGGCCGUGAAGACUGAGGGCGGUGGCAGCGAGGCCCCUCCGUGUCCGGGCCCCCCCGCUGGGGAGGAGCCGGCCAUCCCUGAGGCAGCGCCCGAAGCUGGCGCCCCCACUUCAGCCAGUGGCCUCAGUGGCCACACCACCCUGGCAGGGGGUGGUGACCAAAGGGAGGCCCAGACCUUGGACAGCCAGAUCCAGGAGACAAGCAUCUAAUGAUGACAUUCUGGUCUCGUCUUCCAUCCCCUGUGUUCCCCCUCUUGUGUCCCUUGUUACCCCCUCCCCUCCCUCCUCCCGUGUCACUGCAGAUUGAGACCUACAGGCUGACGUUCCGGGCAAAUGCCAGGGCCCGCACCGACCACGGGGCUGACAUUGUCUCCCGCCCCCCCCACUUCCCUGGCGGCCCCAGCUCAGGCACCCGGGCCCUUGGCUCUCUCUCCCGGGCUGCGAUCUAGACCCCACACGGCUUGGGUGCUGGGCAGUCCUCCAGGCCCCCACCCCCUUCCCCCUGCCUUGCUUGCCCAGGGCAGCAGCAGGCCCGCCCCCAAAACCUCAUCUACUCCCUGCCCUGGCCCCCACCCCACCCCCGCUCCUUGCU